ACACCUCAAACAGGAAGUGUCUGAUGUCCGUUGGGCUGCCGGAUGUUAACGGAUGUUAACGGCCGUGCCUAUAAAGAGUCUUCCUCACUCCACUACUUGUCCGUUUCACAAAUCUUCACUUUAACAGGCAACAACACUGUCGUCAUGGCUUCCGCAGCGCCCAUUAAGAUUGGAAUAAUUGGCGGUUCAGGCCUUGAUGAUCCAGAUAUCCUGGAAGGAAGGACUGAGCGUUAUGUUGACACACCAUAUGGAAAGCCAUCUGAUGCUUUGAUACUGGGGAAAAUAAAAAACGUGGAAUGUGUGCUCCUGGCAAGGCAUGGGAGACAACACACUAUAAUGCCGUCCAAUGUGAACUACCAGGCAAACAUCUGGGCAAUGAAAGAAGAGGGCUGCACACAUGUGUUGGCUACCACGGCCUGUGGCUCACUGCGGGAGGAGAUUCAGCCAGGAGACAUUGUCAUCAUAGAUCAGUUCAUUGACAGGACUACCAAGAGAGCUCAGACGCUGUAUGAUGGGCAGGCCGCCAGCCCUCAUGGAGUGAGUCACAUCCCUAUGGCUGAGCCUUUCUGCAACAGAACCAGAGAGGUUGUAGUGGAGGUGGCGCGGAGCCUGGGGAUCAAGUGCCACGUGCGAGGGACGAUGAUGAGUAUCGAGGGCCCCCGCUUUUCCUCGCGGGCCGAGAGCCUGAUGUUCCGCCAGUGGGGUGCCGACGUCAUCAAUAUGACCACUGUGCCCGAGGUGGUCCUCGCCAAGGAGGCCGGCUUGUGCUAUGCCAGCAUCGCCAUGGCAACAGACUACGACUGUUGGAAGGAGCACGAGGAGGCGGUCUGUGUUGACAACGUACUGAAGACGAUGAAGGAGAACGCCAACAAAGCCAGCAGUAUCCUGCUGACUGCAAUACCUCAGAUUAGUCAGAUGGACUGGACUCAGACAAUGAAGACCUUGAAAUCAAUGGCGCAAUCUUCGGUAAUGUUACCAAAACACUAAGCGUGCAGAAAACAAUGAAGUAGAAAAGGAUCCCAGACACCACCUGCACCGCCACCGCCACGGACAACAGACUCAACUCUGCCUGUGGAUUUGUCAUCAGUGAAUCACAAGAAAAGUGCCUCACAUAAAUAAUGCAUGUGCUCUGUCUCCAGCUGGAGGUUCGGUGUUUUUUCUCGACUCUAAAUACACAUAUAAAACCCCCUCUUCAUACUCAACCACAGGUCACUCUUUCUCUCUGGAACACUCAUCCGUAUCGUCACUUCUCUGUCAGUCCCGCCACACGCUUAGGUACGAAACGUCUCAAAAGAUCAACAAAGAUUUUAAGUCUUCUAAAGAUUAUACUAGAUAUUAUUUUUUGUGGAUUCAUAUUUUUUGUUGUCUGUAAACAUUUAAAAUUGUGUAUAUAUUUGCCUGUAAACCAUUAGUGUCUUUAUUGCUGUUAAUGCAGGAUACAAUAAAAAAUGCUUUGCAAGUUUAGCACAUGAAUACUUUGUUACUGCCUUAGUUACAACUAAUAUAAUACUUUUACAGUCAAAUCUGAUGUCUUGAAAGUGUCAGAUGUACUCACGUCAAAUAUUUCAAAUGCCUAGAUACACUUCAGCAAAAUGUUGUCUUGUUAUUAAUACUGGGGGUGUUUGUAUCUUUUCUUUUCGGGGCACAUUUUUUAUAUUUUGUGGAUUUUUAAUUUGCUCUUCAUGACUGUUUUAUAUGUUUCAUGAAUGAAAACCCAACAGCAUUCAAUAUACAUAUAGGAUAGAAUGUGCACUGUUAUUAUUAAAUCAGCUAAUUGACAGUAUUUGGAGUACUUUUGAGAAACUGACUGCAUUUAUUGACACUGACAGAGAUGACAUACAUUUUUGCACAUUUAAAAUCUUUGAUAUCCUGUAAGAUUCAUCAACAUCUAAUGAAAUUGGCCAUGUUUUGUUGGAGUGCUGGGCCUUCUGUUACCGCUCAUGUUUUUUUCAUUUCCCUUUUCUUAUCUGCAUUUGCUGCACCUGAACUUCCUCACACCGCACAGUAUCUAAAAAUAUUUGGUACCUUGUAUUUCCUCUUUGUCGGCUCGUCAAUAUGAAUAUGAAUGCAGCAUACAUUAGAUUAGCUACGGACUUUUGAAGUCAUGCUUUAAAGUUGUUAGUAAAACAUUAAAAUCUUAAAGCAACUUGAA